AUGAUUGGAAGAAUCGUUAUCCCAGACAGGGAGAAAAAACUUACAUAUUCUUCAGUGAGUAUCGAUGGUAUCCAGCAGGAUACAUUCCUUUCUUACACAAUUAAACAAGUUUUUACGAAUACAACAGGAAAAAAUACUGAUAUCACUUAUUUCUUCCCGAACGAGCCUCAAUUCUGCACAUAUGAUUCUUUGUUCAUUGUUGAUGGCAAAGAGAUCAAACCACAGCUCCGCGUCAAAGAAGAAGCGAAGAAAGAGUUUGAUGAAGCUAAGGAAGCAGGUCAUCAUGCAAUGCUUGGUGAAGAUAUUGGAAAUGGUCUCAGUAGUUUCCAGCUUGGCAACCUUCCAGCAGGAAAAACAGCCGAAAUUCACCUCAAAGUCUCAUUCUUAGCAGAUCUCAACGAAAACGGCUAUUUCUACAAAUUCCCACUUACUCAUAAAUACCAGAAAGGAUCUGUAACCAAUGAUUACUCAGAUAAGCCAGAAACCUUCCAUUUCGCAACAACAAUCAAAACACAAAAGGAAAUACAAGAUGUUAAGGUAUCAGUUCAAGGAAACAAGAACUUAAAUGAUCCACAUAACGCUACAUUUGUUACAAACGAGGCUCCUACAAAAGAUGCGAUCAUUAUUGAGGCUCAAAUCAAAGAUGAAGACAAGAACGUUGCAGUAUCAAGUGAUGGAUAUAUUGCUGUUACUACAUACCCAUUCUUUGAAGGUUCCAUUGAAUCAAAUUCCGAAUUUUAUUUUGUAGUCGAUUGUUCGGGUUCAAUGGCUGGUAAACGUAUUGAGAAUGCUGUUAAAUGCAUGCGUUUGUUCAUCCAGUCUCUUCCUGUUGGCUGCAGAUUCGCCAUUCUUAAAUUUGGUUCUCAAUUCCAAACAGUUCUUGAACCAUGCGAUUACACAGAUGAAAAUGUUGCUCGUGCCAUGAAAUUACUCGAUACAAUCAAAGCUGACAUGGGCGGAACAGACAUUUUAUCACCAUUACAACAUGUUUCUGAAUUGAAAGCAAAAGAAGGAUUUGUUAAACAAAUUUUCUUCUUAACAGAUGGCGAAGUUCACAAUCCAGACAUGAUCUGCGCAACAGCACAAAAGAACAGAUCAGGAAACAGAAUAUUCUCCAUUGGUCUUGGUUCAGGUGCCGAUCCAGGUCUCAUCAAAGGAAUGGCGAGAAAGAGUGGCGGAAACUAUUCUAUAAUUGGUGAUGAUGACAACAUGAAUGAAAAGGUCAUUGAAAUGUUGAGUUCCGCUAUUUCUCCUGCAUUAAAAGAUAUCACAAUACAGAGUGAAAGCACACAAACAGAGAUGUGGCCUUCUCCAUGUCCUCCUCUUUUCGCAAAGAAUCCACAAAGUUUCAUUGCCAAAUCUAAUUUCACUGAUAAUAUUCUUAUUAGUGGCAGUUUAAUUAAUGAACAAAUUGAUAUUGUUAUUCCUGUUUCUCGUCUUGAUGACAAUCAUGGAUUGAGACAAUUAUUCAGCCGCUAUAUCAUUGAUGAUUAUGAAUCACAAUUACUUAUCAAAGAAGAUGAAGAAAUCAAGAAGAAAUGCAUUGAUUUAUCUCUUUCUUCAGGAGUUCUCUGCAAAUACACAUCAUAUAUCGGUGUUGAUUACCAAUCACACGAAGAAAGACAAUUUGCAGCACGUCCAAUGAUAAGUUGCUUCGGAGGAAUGCCUAAAGAUGGCGGUGGUGGAUUCCGUGGUAUGAGAAUGAUGUGCUGUGCAAGGGCUGCUCCAAUGAUGGCAUUUGAUUCAUUAAGUUCAAAUGUUCCAAGAAGUGCUUGCAAGAAGAAGAAAUCCGUUCCUAGAGAAGAUUGUGAUGAUGCUUGUGAAGCUAUUACCAUGAAACAAUCAAAUUCACAAGAAGAUCAAAUCAACAGUCAAAAGGUUGAUGGAUCUUGGACUGAUUUCAGUGGAGUUGAUAAAGAUCUUGAAGCUAAAUACGGACAUGUUGUUGCUUCUACUGUUGCUGCUGUUGCAUUCAUCAGAAAGACAUAUAAAGACAGAUUGUCCGAGUUCUCUCUUGUUAUCAAGAAAGCUCUCGCAUUCCUCAAGAAACAAGACAAAGAUGUUGAUUGGAAUUCUAUCAUCAACAAAUUUAUUUGA